CUAGGAAAAAUGCACACACAUCUACCCUUCCCUGUAUACAAGUUCGAUACAUGGCAGCUCAAGAUCCUAAACCCGAGAUUGCGCUUGUCAUAGACAACACAGUCUCCACCAUUAUUUCCCGCGAACCACCCUCGUUUAUAGUUGCGAGGCGCUUGUUAGCGUCCCUAAACUCUGUACUAACAAAAUUGCAUGCAGGUUAUUUCAGAAUAAGUCUCUCCCUCGGUGGCCAAGCUUUGUUAUGGAAGACACUAAUCGGACCAACACACGACAAAAGCACCCUGCGACACGUGGUUCACAUGGUUCCUUCCUCCGCUUUCCUCGUACUAUGGUCUCUGGCUCUCUUCACACUCGCAUUGCUCUCUCUUCUCUACCUUCUAAGGUGCUUGUUUCACUUCAAUAUGGUAAAGGCAGAGUUCUUGCACCAUGUCGGGGUUAACUACCUCUUCGCUCCGUGGAUCUCGUGGUUUCUCUUACUCCAAUCCGCGCCAUUCGUGGCGCCGAAAACGGCCACCUAUUUGGUUCUUUGGUGGGUGUUUGCGGUGCCGGUUGUGGUGCUGGACGUGAAAAUCUACGGUCAGUGGUUCACGAAAGGGAAGAGGUUUCUGUCCACCGCGGCAAACCCAACAAGCCAGUUGUCAGUGAUAGGCAACUUGGUGGGGGCGCAAGCCGCGGCGCACAUGGGUUGGAAAGAGAGUGCGGUGUGCUUAUUCUCGCUAGGGAUGGUGCAUUACUUGGUGUUGUUUGUCACGCUUUAUCAGCGGUUGUCUGGUGGAAAUCGCCUUCCGGUGUUGUUGAGGCCGGUUUUCUUCUUGUUCUUUGCGGCGCCCGGCGUGGCGAGCUUGGCUUGGGGAUCCAUUGUUGGAGGCUUUGAUACCCUUUCCAAGAUGCUCUUCUUUCUGUCGCUUUUCCUCUUCAUGUCACUGGUUUGCAGGCCAACAUUGUUCAGGAGAUCUAUGAAAAGGUUCAACGUUGCAUGGUGGGCUUACUCCUUUCCGGUUACCGUUCUGGCGAUGGCUUCCACGGACUAUGCCGAAGAAGUCAAAGGAACAAUAUCUCACGUGCUAAUGCUUGUUCUCUUGGCACUUUCUGUUCUGGUCUCCCUUGCUCUAACGGUGUUCACUUUUAUCAACUCUAAGAUGCUACUGCCGGAUGAUGAUCCCAUUGCCACCUUCCUUAUUGUUUAAGUGCGUGCUUAAAUACCGGGCGUUGCGACGUGGAAAAACUAUCAUCUCACUUAAGAAAAGAUAAAUCAUUCACAUUUCAUCCUAAAAUGUGUGUUAACAUUCGUUAACACUAGUCACGAGGAACACCCUCUACUUUGGAUGAUCAAAACCUUCUUAUUUUGAUAAUAUUUAUUUAUUUGUUUUCAAGUUA